AUGGAACCAUCAACUACUGAAAUGGAGGACACCUGGAUCAACUCUGAACUAGUGGAUCUGACCAGCGAAAGACCACCUGAUUGCUUUACAUCUCGGGCUGUGCGAAUAAACAAGUACGACGAUACCAUGAAUCUCCACGCCACGAAUGCAAUCAACGACUGGAGAACAGCAAUGUCCGACGAUGCAGAACGUAAAGUUGGGCAUACUUUCUCACCAGUGGGGAAUGUAUCGAGCUUUCUUUUCCCAGAGUGUUCAUCAGAUAAUGUACAUAUUCUGGGAUACUUUACAGAGCUUGCAUUCAUACACGACGACAUUACGGAUGCAUUAUCCUCAAAAGAUGCCAAGGAGGAGAACAAGCAUUUAUCCCAUGCACUAGACCUCAAGGACAACCAUCUGGGCACCUCAGAGAGAGGAAAAACCAUGAAGAAAUUUCUAUCCCAGAAAGUUCUUGAGCUGGUUAAAAUAGAUACCGAGGAAGGACAACAAUUUGUCCAGCUUUUCAAAGUCUGGGCCGAUGACCAAACUCGGUUGAAAAAUCCCCAGACGAUCGAAUCUAUUGAUGGAUACUUCCACUUUCGGCAACUUGACGGAGGUGUGAGGGCAUAUUGGUAUUGGUUAGCAUUCUCUCACGGAGAUGUCUUCACACAAGCGGACUGGGGCUCGAUAGAAGACCUUAUAAAAUCUGCCAACAGGGCCUUUAUAUGGACCAAUGACUACUUCAGCUGGCCCCGAGAGCGAUCUUAUGGACAAGGCAGGAUUGCAAAUGUGAUCGAGUUCUAUAUGCGAACCGAAGGCCUCUCCGAGGAAGAAGCCAAGCAGAAAACAAAGGAGGAGAUCCUACAAGGAGAACAACGUUUCCAUGACAUGUGUGUUGAACGGUUUGCACAAGAGCCAAACCUCCCCCGUCACAUAAAGAAAUUGCUCCAAGUUGCUGAGAUAGCGAUGGGUGGAUACAACUUCUGGGCAUCAACGUGUCCCAGGCUAAACUCCUGGAAAGAGCAGAGCUCAACCGCGGAGAGUACCUUGCAUGGAACAGAAAAUGACGGAGUCGAAAUCCAUUCUACAGGAAAGGCUCAGCUUGCUAAGCCAGUCGAGAUAAAUCAAACUUCCAACGCAAGUCAAGAGAACACGAAGACUCAGCUUCAACCUUCAGUAUCUCAUUCGGACUCGAUGGAAUAUACAUCAAUUUUAGACGACUCGGCUCUUCUCGCUCCAGUUCGUUACAUUGAGUCUCUGUCGUCAAAGAAUGUGGUUGCCAAACUUAUCGAUGCAUUCAAUGUCUGGAUGCAGGUGUCGCCCAAACCAUUGGCCGCGAUCAAGGAUGCCAUGAAUGAUCUUCAUAACUCUUCCCUAAUCCUUGACGACAUCCAAGAUGACUCACCACUCCGACGAGGGAAAACAGCGACCCAUCUCAUCUUCGGACCUGCGCAAACAAUCAACAGCGCCACUUACAUGUUCGUCAAAGCAGCUCAAGUAGUAGACGCCCUGGGUACCCCUCAGAUGAUGACUGCCCUCUUACAGGGACUUGAGACGCAGUUCAUUGGUCAGAGUUGGGAUCUAAACUGGAGAAAUCAUUUCCAUUGCCCCACGGAAUCCGAAUACCUCGACAUGGUAGACAAGAAGACUGGUGCUGUGCUGACCAAGAUGGUUGAGCUCAUGCAAGCCAAUAGCGAAAUAACGCCCUUCUCAUAUCGACUUUCCCCUCUGGCCCGUCGUUUCGGCCGAUGGUAUCAGAUUCGCGAUGACUACAUGAAUCUCCAAGGGGCUGAUUAUUCGAAGAAGAAGGGGUUCUGCGAAGAUCUCGAUGAAGGGAAAUUGUCCUACCCAAUUGUCAAGUGCUGUCAAAAAAGCGAGACAAUCAAAAACAUCAUUCUUGGAAUAUUCCAACAAGCGCGAAUGACGAAGACGAAAAUGGUACGUGAGAGUAAAUUGCAGAUCUUGGACCUCAUGUCAAGUGUUGCGGCUCUGGAGGAUACAUUUGAUUAUCUUCAGCAACUGCAGAGGGAAAUCGAGCAGGAUAUCCGGGAGAUCGAGGUGUUGACAGGUGAAUCUAAUCCAGAGCUAUUGCUCGUGGUGAAAGCCUUGGCGGUGAUCCCUAAGCCCAAUGGAAAGGGGAAUUGA